GGUGGGGUUUGCCGCGGGGCUGAAGAAGCCCUGGAACUUACGCGAGCCAGCAAUACACAGCGAGCGAGAAAUAACAAAGAAAAGGAGCGUGGUGUGCAUCUCUUGGGAGUUGGGGUCUUCGUCCCCCCGCUGAAUUUGUCAUUCGGUUUGGUGGUGCACCAGCGCUGUCCCACUUCCCGGGGCGACGGGGUUGAAGUUGCCCGCGGAGGAUACAUUCCCCUACACACAACACAUGCAAGGUGUGUUUGCGAGUGUGUGUGUGUGCGCGCGCGUGUCUGUCUCGCUGUGUGUGUCGCCGCGUCGUCGUCGUGGCCGCCUGUGUGUUAUGUUGUUGAAGGCGCAAAGGGGCGGCUGAUCGUCCGACUUCCGACGCGAGUGUUGUGAACUCUCCGUGCAGCAUUCCACACGCCCGUUCGGUCAUUCCUAGUUUAGGUUGGCGAAGAAAAGUGUCUUAAAGUGCCUUACUUAAAACAAAACAAAACUCGUGUGUGUACGCCUACUGUGUUGAGAGGCUUCUUCUGUGUGCUUGUGUGCUUGUGUGCAAACACCAACAACAGCAUAAAACCAGCGAAAAUGUUCUCCAAGAAAAAGAAAAAGCCCCAAAUUUCCUUCCCGAGCAACUUCGAGCACCGGGUGCACACCGGGUUCGACAAGCGGGAGGGCCGCUACGUGGGGCUGCCGCUCCAGUGGGCCUCGAUCGUGGGCAACAAUCAGAUCCUGAAGUCAUCGAACCGCCCACUCCCGCUGGUUGAUCCGUCCGAAAUUACGCCAACGGAAAUACUCGACUUGAAGACGAUCGUGCGCCCGCACGGCCCGCAGGGUGGUCCGCCGGCAGCGGGAGUCCCCGGCGGUCCCGCGGCAGCUGCGCCCGACCAGCAGGGCAAGCUAAUCCUUCCCAAAACGUCCAACGUCGCCCGGUCCAACUCGCUGCGAAGCUCGAGCCCUCCGCGGGUACGCCGGGGAGAUUUGCGUGCCAACACCAAUGUGCCACCAUCCGUGCCGGAAGAGCCGUCCCAGCAGCUGGGCGGUGGACAAUCACCCUUCCCGGGGAUGAACAACAAUGGCGCGUUCCCGCCGGUGCCGGCCGCCAAGCCGUCCGGUGCAAAUUAUCCACCAGUAUCACCCACCGGCACGAUGCUGGAGACGAACUUUAACAACAACUUCGAGGCACACCAUCAACAGCUUCAGCAGCAGCAGCAGCAGCAGCAGCAGCAGAUGGCACAGCAUCAAAUGCAUAUGCACCACAUGCAACAGCAACAGCAGCAGCAGCAACACCACCACAUGCAUCCACAUCAAGCAGGCGCCGUUGGCGGGAAUGUACAAGCAGCAGCAGCAGGCCAUGCAAUUGCUCCACAUAUGAACGGUGGCAACCUGUCCAACGCGGCCUCGCUGAACGGGACGACGGGCUCGAACGGCAACCUCACCAAUCCGGUCAGUGUGCUAACGGAAACGUCCUCGCUGUAUCAUAACAGAUCGCAAAAAUCCUCCCCCACCGGUUCGGAUGGAAUGCAGCGGCCCGGCGGCUACCCGAAUGCAGCACCAUAUCCUGGCCCGAUGCAGGCCGGUAACAGCUUCCCCGGAAUGGCCCAGGGUGCUGGUGGCGGUGGUCCACCACCUCCAUUACACAGCAAACCACAGGGACAGAACCAUCCCGGACAGCAGCAGCAACAGCAGCAACAACAGGACCCGCACGGUCAUCUGAGCGACGCUAACAAUGGCAACCAUCUUCCGCCGGGUCAUCACCAUCACCACCAUCAUCAUCAAAUGAUGGGCGUGCAGGGUGGUAACACCGGCCCGCAAGCCUCCGGUUCGCAGCUGUCCCCGUCCGGUCUGCACCAUCAUCAUCAGCAUGCUCACCAUCAUGGAGCGCAGCAGCAGCAGCAGCAACAGCAACAAAUGCAACCGACGCCAUUACAGAUGGGCGGCAAUAAUCAGAUGCCAAAUCACCAUCAUCACCAUAACCACAAUGCGAUGGUGCACAACCAUCAGAAGAUGCCAUCCCCGUCGUCGUCGUCGUCCACUGGCGCUCCGACCGUAGCGACCGACCCGAACCACAUGUUCAGCAACAACAACUCCAUCAGCAAUGCCAAGAGCAAUUCGCGGGCCUCCAGCUCGAGCGGGGGCAAUGUGUCCGUCGCGCAGAGUACCGCGUCCACCACGCAGAGCGGUCAGAGCCAGCAGCAGCCACCGGUGAAAACGGAGCAAAGGCUUACCCACGAGCAGUUCCGUGCCGCGCUGCAGAUGGUGGUGUCGGCCGGCGAUCCGCGUGAAAACUUGGAAAAUUACACCAAAAUCGGCGAAGGAUCGACCGGCACGGUGUGCAUUGCGACGGACAAAUCAACCGGACGCCAAGUGGCGGUGAAGCAGAUGGACCUGCGGAAGCAACAGCGCCGGGAACUGCUGUUCAACGAGGUCGUCAUUAUGCGUGACUACCACCAUCCGAACAUUGUGGAAACGUACAGCAGCUUCCUGGUGAACGACGAGCUAUGGGUGGUGAUGGAGUUCCUCGAGGGCGGUGCACUCACCGACAUUGUGACCCACUCGCGCAUGGACGAGGAGCAAAUCGCAACCGUGUGCAAGCAGUGCCUGAAAGCGCUCUCGUAUCUUCAUUCACAGGGUGUCAUCCAUCGAGACAUCAAGUCUGACUCGAUUCUGCUCGCCUCGGACGGGCGCGUCAAGCUGUCCGACUUUGGCUUUUGUGCGCAAGUGUCGCAGGAGCUGCCGAAGCGUAAAUCACUCGUCGGCACACCGUACUGGAUGUCGCCGGAAGUGAUCUCCCGAUUGCCGUACGGCCCGGAGGUAGACAUCUGGUCGCUCGGCAUCAUGGUGAUCGAGAUGAUAGACGGUGAGCCACCGUUCUUCAACGAGCCGCCGCUGCAAGCGAUGCGCCGCAUCCGCGACAUGCCACCGCCAAAGCUGAAAAACUCCCACAAAGUGUCCAGCCGGCUGCAGAACUUCCUCGACCGGAUGCUGGUGCGCGAUCCGGUGCAGCGUGCGACGGCCGCGGAGCUGCUCGCCCAUCCGUUCCUGCGGCAGGCCGGGCCACCGUCGCUGCUCGUGCCGCUGAUGCGUGGCGCCCGGCACAGUAACUGUUGAGGCCGGGAAUUGCCAUUCCAGAGCCAUUCCAGCGCCAUUCCAGAGCCAACCAAAAGAAUCUCCUCUCUCUAGCACUCUGCUUGUUUCCGGGAAAGCGGAAAACGGCAAACGGAGUUUUGCACAUCGAAAACGAAUGCUCGUAAAGCACAUCUGAGCAUGAGAACAGUAGUGGGCGCGGCAAACGACCCGUGUGAGUAAGACAUUUUGUUGCAUUUAUUUGUGGGAAGGGUUUUUAGCGGGAAGUGAAAGGAUUGUUAAGCGAAAAGAAUCGCUUUCCUUCUGUUCGUUACGUAUGGUUUCAUCUUAAACGAAUUAUUGCUGUACAUAGUUUACCCAGCGACAUCGAAACAUUGAGGAUACACAUACAAUAACGACGUGUUACUUAGGGUGUAAUGCGUUACACUACGUACGAAUCGGACGAAUCAAUUGAAUCUGCUUAACACAACUGGUAGCUGUAACACAUGAGCCUAGUAUUUAGCUACGACAUUCCAGUAUUUAGUUGAACGGAUUAAACUUUUAACUUUAAUCUCCCUUCUUUAUUUGAUCCCCAAAAUGAAACCAAUAAAUAAAAACUUAAAUGGUUUCCGCGUAUAAACUGGCAAGCGUAACAGGAAAGGGGCCAUUGUUAGGAUAUGUUUCUGUAAUAUGUUUUGUUUUUAACAUUUGUAUAAUCCCGCUUACCCUUACUUAUUAGGAGUUGAACAGUUGCAUUUUUAUAACACCGAACGCGAGAGUUAAGUAACACUUUCCAGUUAAAAUGUUAUAUUUAAAGAAGCGCGAGUGAAACGAAACGUUGUUAUUACACAAUUAGUGCAGGUGCAGUGAUGAGCUGCUGAUAGUGCGGCGUAUUUUAACGUGUAUUAGAUAUUAACCCCUGUGGCCUUUCCUGUAUUUCAAAUGUAUAAAACAAAAACACCGAAACGAACGAAACUCAUUCACUCGGAAGAAAGUAUUGGAGCUUAACUAGCUUUAUCUCACCACCACUCCACACACGUCAAUUAACAAAGACUGUACGAAAAAAAGCAGUCAAAAUGCGGGUUUAGACCUUUUUUCGCUAUUGCGCUCAAUCUGUAGCUCAUUGUACUGGUUUUUGCGAAACAUUAUGAGACUGUCUCCUGUUUUCGUCUUGUCCGAUCGGAUUAGAAUCUCCUCUGGUAAUAGGAAACAUUCCUUGUGUGUGUAAAACACACACACAAUCACACCGACACUUAUACAUAAAACCGAAAUGUGCCGAACAGAGUGUAAUCGUUGUAUUAGGUGCGAUUGCUACAAUAACAACAACAAAAGAGCUGUAGUAGAAGAGCGAUAGUUGCAAAACAAUACAAAGUAUUAUAAAGUGAGACAAGAGACGUUUUUAGACAUAAACAGCUAAACACAGAACACAGACAGAAAGGGAAGAGAAGUACACGCGCUUACCUACCUUUCCGAUAGGGCAGUUAGUAGCAGCUGUUGGAGUAAUUUUAUACUACACAAAAAACGACGUUCGAAUUUUGGGAAAUAAAUUGAUUAAAAAUCUCACA